UCGCAAAGGCCAUUCAUAUAUUCAUACAUAUUAGCAGAACCUAAUACCCUUCAAUUUUGCUUUUCUUGCUUCACCUGUGAGCUAGCUCACCAACCAUGGAGGAUCUAGUUAGCAGCCCAUCUUUCAGUAGGAGCGUCCUUAGCUGUAGCGAAGGCCAGGCUCAAUCAGGAGAGAGCUCUUGGACCGAUUACUUCGUGGAUUUCAUGCUAUCCGAGGAGGAGGAGAAGAAGAGACAGGAGGGUGCUAAUUCCUACUGCGCUACCGAAGACGACGGCGAUGGAAGUAGCCACGGGGAGGAAGAGGAGGAUUCUAUGGUCUCCGACGCCGCCUCUCGCGCCCCUGCGUCCGCACUGUUGCCUGCCAGAUACAAGGGGUUGAAGAAGCUCAAGAAGGCUUUCAAGGCCCUGGAUCAUGAUGAUUCCCUGGAAGAUACUGCAAGCUCCCCAGUGAACAGCCCAAAGGUCAGUGCUGUGUCACAGCUGGAAUUGAGCCCUAAAAGGAGGUGCAACAUCAGGGACCUCACCAAGGAAGCAGGAAUUGGCGAUGAUCACGGAAGAGAGGGGGUGGAUUGUACAGAUGCAGCCAUGGAAGGAGUGAGAUUUGGUGAUCAGAGUCAGACGAGUAUAGCUCCAUGUGCAGAGCUCAAGGACAAGGGGAUUUGUUUGUUUCCCUUGUCCGUGCUGCUACACUACCAUGGACGAACAAACUGAGAGCUCUCAAUGUAUGAACAGCAUAUGAAGUGUUGACCCUUUACACUCUAUGCAUGUGUGGGAUAAAUGCCGAAAAAUACAUUUAUGUAGUGUGGUGAUACUGUGGAUACGCUCUUCUUUGAUGAAAAAUAUGUGAAUAUUACUAUAUAUUACUCGGCGUA